GUCGUUCUAAACACUCGGGCGGGUCUUUGGGCCAAUUCGGUUCGCAGUCAACUGGUUCGGCGAAGUACUCUCGUUUGUUCCUGACUACCGCUUGCAAGGAGAGACUGCGCCUUUUACAAUCUGCGAUGAAAGAAGUGAGCGACAAGUCUGGGGUCAUGAGCGAUGUCGUCGACCGACUUUUGCAUUGGUCAUUGCCAGCCAUCCGGUCUGAGUUCGGGAACGGUGUGGAUCGAGAGAAGACUACCGGUCGGCAACCGUGUAGAUGUGUUUUGUCUCGGAGCAGGAGGGGAUGAUUCGACAGCGGACGCUGAGGAUGAUGGCGAGCGUGAGGGUGAAGGGAGCGGUGGAGGCAAUGGCGGGUCAUUUUGUGGGUCGGAUGAUUCACUACCGCAUUCAGGGCACGGUUCACAGCGUGGCCGCAGAUCGCGCGGGCGGCCACCAAGCCGUGGCAGGUCGCAUUCGCGUUUCGAAGAUGUACGUCCUUUGUGCUGGGACGAUUCGAAGGAUGGUGCUCUGCAAACCGGACCUUGCAAUAAUCGGUCUGCACAUGUGUUGGAAUCGAUGGGGCACUGGGAAGGCUCGAAAGCGCCUGAUGCCAUCUUCGUGGAGCCAGUGAAGCUGUUGCAGUUGCUCGGGUUGUUUGAUUUGAGUUGCCCGCACCACAGGGGCGGUUGUGCUGUGGAUGUGUCCUCUGUCGGUUAUCCUGGACAGAUUUGUCGCAUUUCGCUCACUUGUGAUAAGUCCUGUCGUUGGACAUGGCACAGUGCACAAGUUGGGGGAGCUGUGUACUCUUGCAGACUUCAGCAGCAGUUGUUCCAUGCGACCGUCACUGCGGGUAUGACAUAUACCAUCCUCAAUGACUUCUGCAUCGCGUUUGGGGUGGCACCUGUGCACAAGCCCACUUUUUACAAUUGCAUGCGCGGUGAGCCGAAUCUACGUGAGGGAUGGAAUGCAAAGGUUGUCAGGCAGAGCGUGCAGUAUUGCGACUUGGCCAUUGACACGGUUAUGCGAUCAGGGAGACCCGUCACUUUGAUGGUUGACGGUCGCUACGACUCGGCUAGGUCUGCGCAGCAUUGCACUAUUACCGCGAAUGAGUGUGAUACUCGUCUUGUGGUGGGUGUUCACACUCUUCGGCCAAAAAAUGAGGGAAAGGCGUCGAACCAACUUGAGGUUCCUGCUGUUGUGCGCCUGUUGAGAGGCCUGCUGUCGAGGGGGUUGAAGAUCCGGUGUGUUGUCUCCGACGAUUGUGCUGCAUUGGGUCCACAGUUGGAGCGCCUGGGUAUUGAAUGGCAGAAGGAUUGCCAUCAUAAGGUAAAAAACAUUCGCAAGGCAAUUAGAAAAGUCGUGACACUGAAGGUGCCAAAGAAAUUGAACAACCCUCAUCAGUGCGUGUUGGAAUCUAAGUUUAUGCAGUUCACGAAGAAGGAGCUGUUGGAUGCCUUGACGGACCGUUAUGGACCAGGGUCUUUGAUGGCAAAAGAAGAACGAUUGAAGAAGAGCGACUUCGUUGCUCUUGUGAUAAGCAAAAUGUACCCGUACGGCACGAUGAAAAACAACAAAUCCUUGGUCGUGGAUGCAGAUGGUGUGACUGAGUUUCAUAUGCAUGAGGUGGGGCAUUGGUUUCUUCGUGCUUCCCAGCUUUGCAGAGAUGAGGGCGGCGACUUUGUCACUCUGCACAAUGAUGUCAUGAUGAUCGACGACCAUUGGGUCGAGGACCACUCCAGGUGCGUUGCGGACAGAGAGCUUUUAUGCUUAAAGGCAGGUGGCCCAUCUCGGCUUCCUCUGUACACGCACGAUGACCCCGUGUAUGACAUCAUUCGCCAGACGUUGGGCACGCAUUGCAGCACGACCGUUUGUUCGUACUACACGGAGUUCCGUCACACGUCGACGGUUGAGACCUUCCAGGGCACAAUCAUCAUUUACGCGAAGAAGGCCUUGCACUUCGAGAAGUGGUAUGAGCCGCGUUUGGCGAUUGCAGUCAUUCGAUGGAACAGUCAUGCAUGGCAGGAUCCCUUGGAGUAUCGUGUCCGCAUGCCUUCUGGGACUUCGAUUCGUCCAAGGUCGAGCCACUACCGUCACAAUCGGCCACCUACCGAUUCGUGGAUGGAUCGGUUGUCCACGUUCAUCUUCGGUUCAAAAUGUGUUUCAGAUUGGGCUCGACGCCUUCUCGAGUACGAUGACUGUGAUGUGUCGGGCGAGGUCGGAUCCUCGACACGUCCUCUGCCUCGCGAUCUUUUUUGCAGAGGCGAGGAUACCAUUGCCCGUGACGAGGACGACGUUGCUUCAGGUGCGGAUCCCGACGUUGUGGGGGAUGACGAUGUUUUCAUCAUUGGCGACGGGGAUGGGUUGCCUGGACCGGCGGAUGCCGUGUCCGAUCGAUCACGCGAUUCUCUAUUGGACGCAGAUGAUGUCGAGUUGUUCGAUGACUGACAUCAUAUUAUGUCGUUGUAUCUUGUACAUGCGACUUUUAUGUUUUUCG